UUGUUUGACGUUUUCAGUAAAAGGGAGUAAUAAGGUUUCUAAAAAAUGCUGCCUGUGUCUUCUGUUUGGCUCAUUUUAGUGGCUCGGUGUGCUGGGCGCUGUCCAGGGUGCUGAAGUCAGUCUGCUCAUCACAUGUCCUGCAGCGAACAUCUCAUUAAAGAGGCAACAACUCCUGCAGGAUCCUCCCCACUGAGGUGUUCUACAGUCUCUCCAUAGAGUAUUUCUGUCCACCAGGUUUGAUUUGGACUAAUCCUAAAUGUAAAAUGUCCCCUCACUGCUGCUGCUCCGAUAGCCCAGAAAAACCUCUUCUUUAGUUUCUCCGUGAUGACGAGCCCACCGCUUUAACACGAGCAGGCUGCGACGUCAGCGCCGUUUUUAAGACGUGUGGGCUGGCCGUCCAAUAGCCUGAUCAGGGCUUUACUCUGCCGCCCACGCACAGGACUUCCUUCUGGAGAGGACCAGCGUAGACUGGGGACAGCCAAGCCCGCAAAGACCUUCACCAAGAGUCUGCUGUUUCCGCUCUCACCUGCAGCAUCAGUCCAGAAUCGCAGUCAUGUCUGUGGCGGGGCUGAAGAAGCAAUUCCACAAAGCCACUCAGAGAGUGAGUGAAAAGGUUGGAGGAGCAGAAGGAACAAAGCUCGAUGAUGACUUCACUGAAAUGGAAAAGAGGGUGGACACCACCUCCCGAGCAGUGAUGGACGUCAUCACCAAGACCACCGAGUACCUGCAGCCAAACCCAGCCACCAGAGCCAAGAUGAGCAUGAUGAACUCCAUGUCACGCAUGCGAGGCCAGGAGAAGGGACCGGGCUACACACAGACUGAGGCCGUCCUGGGGGAGUCUAUGCAGAGGUUUGGCAGGGAGCUGGGAGAAGAUUCCAACUUUGGUCUUGCACUGAUCGAUGUGGGGGAUGCCAUGCGCGAGCUCAGUGAGGUGAAGGACGCUCUGGACAUGGAGGUGAAGCAGAAUUUCAUCGAUCCAAUGCAGAUCCUUCAUGAAAAAGACCUCAAGGAGAUCCAGCAUCACCUGAAGAAACUGGAGGGUCGCCGUCUGGACUUUGACUAUAAAAAGAAACGCCAGGGCAAAGUGACGGAAGAUGAGAUCAAACAGGCGCUGGAGAAGUUUGAUGACUCCAAGGAAAUUGCUGAGUUGUCCAUGUUCAACCUGCUGGAGAGCGAUAUUGAGCAGGUCAGCCAGCUGGCUGCUCUGGUUCACGCUCAGUUGGAGUAUCACAGCCGGUCUGCAGAAAUCCUCACACAGCUCUCCAGUAAAAUGGACGAACGGAUAAGAGAUGCCUCUGGCAAACCGAGAAAAGAGUUCGUCCCAAAACCACGCCCAUCUCUGGACUUCUCCAUCACUGAGACCCACAAUGGAGGCAUGCAUGGUGCCCGAUCUCCAGGUGCCAGGUCUCCAGCAAGGUCUCCAGCAAGAUCUCCAGCCAGGUCUCCAGCCCCUCUGGACCAGCCCUGCUGUCGCGCGCUGUACGAUUUUGACCCCGAGAACGAAGGGGAGCUAGGCUUCAAGGAAGGCGACAUCAUCACCCUGACCAAUAAGAUCGAUGACAACUGGUACGAAGGGAUGCUGCACGGCAACUCAGGCUUUUUCCCCAUCAACUACGUGGAUAUCCUCGUGCCAUUGCCCCACUAAGAAGUCGAGAAUACCAGCUGUGUCUGCAACACCGCCUGGCCUCCAGCUCCAGUUUUCCCACUAACCUGUUACUAAACUUCUUUCCUGCUAACCACAGUCAGUCCUCCUUAAGGGUCAAACCGCAGCAGCAUAGUUGUGAAUCAGACUGCAGAGCAAGUAUGCACCAUAAAGAGGGUAGCGAAGAUGAGGAAGAGGCAGCAUUGGUAUUACUGCUCCCCCCUCAGAAGUACCUUCAGGCUUCAGUUGUCGUUUUUGGCUUUCCUGUCCCGGCUUUUGUCUUGGCUUCAGUUGGCUGUGAGUCCUUCAUGAGUUUUUUAGGACAGCUUUGCAAAUCCACUCUUACUUUCAUUCUUUGUACAGGUGGUUUUCUGCACUAUCCUGCAAAAAAAGCAGAACAAACGUGUACUUUUUUUCCCUUAGAUCGUAGGUUGUGUUUCUCAGUCAUUAUCACAUUUAAAUACAAAUCAAUCUGGGUUGUUUUGUUUCAAACAUGCCUCUCUUUCGUGGUCGUUGUCUCUUGAGUUGUCAGCAUGCCUCGUUUUAACCCUAACCGAUCCAGUACGUUCUUACCAAUGGUUGAUGGUACAGCGUGGGAUUUGUACAGCUGAUGCUUGUCCUCUGGUGUUUCAUCAGAAAAAGGUGGUAGGACUUUACAUACAAAAUUGUGGGAAAACGUGAGACGUUACGUAAGAAAAAGUACAUGUUUUCAUUUUUCACUUCAUACUUUCUAAGCACUAAGAGAUCUUCUUAAUGUAUUGUGAAGCGUUUAACUGCCCAUUGGGGCAGCUGUUACUUCUGCGGCUGCAGGAUCUGCUACGUUUCCCUGCUGCUCACUUUAGUGUGCUAUAGUUUCACUGUAGAUUAAGAUGCUGGGACGAAAAAAAAAAACGCCAUUUAUUUCUGUUUUUUAGUCACCUAAAACUAAUGUAGCU